CUUAAUAUUUAUCGUAAUAAUUAUUAGUUAUUAGUUAUUACAUCGACGUUUAUCUGAAAACCACCCAAUCAUUAUUCAUUACCAUCACAAUAUAUUCUAUUGUUGCCACCAACUUCUAUUUAGACUAUUUAAUCAUUAGUAUUGUAGUUUUUGAUAUCAACACGUCAUAUUAAUAUGUCAUACAGAUACAGUUAACCUCUAUUUCUUUUUAAUUUUUACAGCAGUAGGUACACGCAAGUUUAAAGUUUCGGUUUAUUAUGUUUAUACGUCUUGAAAUCAUUUCAGAUAAAACCAAAGGUGAAUCUAAUCUUGAAGCAAGAUUAUGAACAAUAUUCAAGAACUAUUAUGGACACACAAUAACGUACGGCUUCAAAUUUUGAUAUUUUAUGAACUUAUACCACGACUAGAUCAAUGCUUCUCUUCCGGUGUUGGGGAAACUUAUCUUUCUAAGCUAUAAAAUGAAAAUAAGUUAAAUAUUAAUUAGUUUUAUUAUUAUAAACUUUACUUUACAUAUAUUAGUGAUAAAUGAGCAUGAAUAACACUUUUAACAGCUAAACACAGCAUCAACGCAAUAUUAAUUAUGGGGGUUGUUAAGAAAAAUAAAACUGUUGUUAGAAAAAGCCCUAGACAGCAUCAAUGCAAGUAUUGUUAUAAGAUCUUCCCAUUCCCCAACGUAUUGAAAAAGCAUUACAGGGUCCAUACUGGUGAACGACCGUAUGAAUGUGAUUUAUGUGGAAAUAGAUUUACACACCAGAAUACUCUAAAAAACCAUAAGAUGUGUAUUCAUAAUUGUGGUCGGGAAGAAGAUUUUACUUGUGGUCAUUGUGAUAAAAAGUUUCCAAUCAAGGAACGACUUAUUGAACAUGUACGCAUUCAUACUGGAUAUUAUCCUCACAGAUGCGACAAAUGUUUAAAAUCCUUCACAAGAGCCAGUCAACUAUGGCAACAUGCGCGUUCUCAUAACAAACAAUAUACACUAGAAUGUGCUAUAUGUCAUCAAUUAUUUGCUUGUCGCUCAGUUCUUCGUGGCCAUAUGAAACGGCAUAUGGGACAAAAUGAUUAUGUAUGUGAAGUGUGUGGAAAAGCAUUUUUACGUAGGGAUGGUCUAACUAAACAUCUGUCUAGCUAUCAUAAUAAUAUCAGAGCAUUCACCUGUAAAAUAUGCCAUAAACAGUUUAAAGGACAUAUGAUACAACAUUUGAGGACACAUCGUCAUGAAAAACCUUAUGAAUGUAAAAGUUGUGAUGCUCGUUUUGUACAGCGUUCUCAACUGACAGUGCAUGAGAGACGACAUAGUGGAGAAAAACCUUAUCCAUGCCCAGUUUGUAAAGUAUCUUUUGCUCAUUCAACAGCUAUGAAAAUGCAUGUAAGACGUCAUACUGGAGAAAAACCAUUUAAAUGUCUUGUAUGUACCAAUACGGCUUUUACACAAUUGCCACAUUUAAAAAAACAUAUGUUAACCAUACACAAAACAGACAAACCAUACUUGUGUGUUAAAUGUAAUUCAUAUUUCAAAACAAAAACUCAAAUAAUAACUCAUGAAGAAACAUGUUCCCCAAAACAAGAAAUUAAAGAAUUUAUUCCUCCAGGUAUGGCUUUGGACCGAAUGCGAAUGUUAUUGGCAGUUUUACUAAUACGCAUAUCAACCACUGAACGUUUAAAUGCAUUAGGUUUUGGAAAAAGACUUAUUGAUUUAGUAUUAUGUGAUUCUAUUGAAAAUUCUGGCCGUAGUCCUUACCGCGGUAAUGGUCAAAGUGAAAAUGAUUUGUUAAAAAAGAAUAUUGAAAUAUUAUUAGACUGGACUGUCCCAAAAAUUUAUAUGGACCGGUUUAAAAGUGAACGACGUACAACUGAAGAAAUUUUAGAAGAACUAACAUCAUGACUUUAAUUUAUAAAUAACAUGACAAUUACUUGUUAGCUUUUUUAUACAUUAAGAACAAUUUGAUCCAUUAUCUGGUUUUAUUAGAAAAUUACAUAACAAACCUUAAAAUGGCACAAAUUUACCUGAUCAAUGAAUCAGAUCGCAUAGUAUAGUUUAUAAGCUACUUGUUCUUCCACAACUAUCUUGCAACGCUGUAUUUAUAACUCAAAAUUGGUGGCGGUAAAUUUGAGUACGAAAUGUUAAAUUAUUCUGAA